AUGUUUUCAGUAAGAAUUAUAGCCCCUAAAAUUCAAACGAUACACCUCGCAAUUUGCCGCCCUAAAACCACAAUUGACACGUCCCGGGUUCCUACUUUGCGGGAGGAAGAUUUAGAAGAGACAUUCGUGCGCGGUAGCGGUCCCGGGGGGCAAGCUGUCGCGAAAACAAACAACAAAGUCGUCUUGACACAUAGACCCACCGGAAUCGUAGUUCAAUGUCAUGCUUCUCGAUCACUAUUCAAAAAUCGAGAGGAAGCCCGGCGGUUGCUGACGGACAAGUUGGACGAGCUACAAAACGAAGAUCAAUCCGUAAGAGCACAACAACAAAGAAUUGAUCAGAAAAAACACGACGAAGCGAGCAGGCGCAAGUACCGCCGGGAGCAAUUAAAGAAAGCUUGGAAAGAGCGGGAGUUCGGGAAAAGUGAUUGAGAACUUACUGAAUAAUUUAGAAUUAUAGUCUUAUUAACAGUAGAAAAGAAAAUUACCAUGAACUAAA